AGAAAUGAACUCAAAAAGUAAGCACCACUUGGAAUUCAGUGAUGAAAAACCAGACCAACAAUCCAAUAUACGAACAAAAUACGCACUCAACUCUCCUUAGUCUAUUGGUUGUGAACUUAGGCUUAUAAAUAAGAGGUUCAAGAUUCGAGUCUAUGUGUAUGCGUUGUGUGUGUGAGUUUGCCUUAAAUGACCUAAAUGUCAAAAAAAAAAAAAAACGCUAAAUUAAAAUUAUUAUAGUCAUAUUGAUUAGAUAACAGGGCAUUAUGGGAAUCCACUCUUAUGAGUAUCGCAACCGGCCAACGGCUAGAACAAUAAACAUUAAUUUUCUUUUGCUGGAUAGAAUAAACAAGUUAAUUGGUAGCUGUGUAGAAACAAGGUGUGCAUGCAGAAAGCAACAAUUCAAACGUUCAAAACUCUAAAAUAAAGCGGUAUAAAAAGAAUGGAAGGUAGGUAGGUGUGCAAAUAAAAGAAACCCUAAAACAAAUGUAAAUUAAAGCGUGCAACCACGUUCUCAAGGAGAAAGAGCUAGCAGUAGAUCCAUCAGCAUCAGGGAGGGACCCCCCAACGCCUACUUGCUUUGUGCUCCCCAUCUAGCUCCAAUUCUCAUAGAGAAGAAGCAAAGCCAGCUUCAAUUCCAGUUGAAGAGAGAGAGAGAUAUCGAGAGAGAGAGAGAAAAAGGGCCGGGAGGCGUACCUAAUAAUUGAUGAAGGUAGACAAUCACAUAGCAUCAUCAGCUUCUUCGAUGAGGAAGCUGUGCCCCAACCUCGACCGUGAAGAUGGCCUCGACACAGUGCUCGAGGUGCCCAUUCCUGAGGAGAUGUUUGUUGGCGGUGUCAGCGGCCGGAAUAGCAGCAGCAAACACUUGGGCACUCGCUGCACCAACGUCAUGGCGUGGAUGCGCUCCCAAGUAGACCACCGCUCCGCCUCCUCCGUGCUUGGCCGCAACGCAGAGCUCCAGCUUAUGCUGGGCGUUGUAGGCGCGCCUCUCGUCCCAAUCCCCAUGCCCUCUACGUCCCACCACUCCAACCUCAGCUGUGGCAUCAAGGAAGACCCCAUUGAGGCAUCAAUGGCAAAGUACAUCGUGCAGCAGUACAUUGCAGCUGCUGGAGGAGAGAAGGCGCUGAAUGCUAUAAGCAGCAUGUAUGCGAUGGGCAAGGUGAGGAUGGCCGCAACCGAGCUUCGGCCAGGCGCUGGUGGCAUGAAUAGCAAUGGUGGCGGCAAGAAAGCUGGAAAGGGGGCAGGUGGGGGCUGCAAUGGAGAGAUGGGGGGUUUUGUUCUAUGGCAGAAGCGGCCGGACCUAUGGUGCCUGGAGCUGGUGGUCUCUGGCUGCAAGAUCAGUGCCGGCAGCAACGGCAAGAUUGCCUGGAGGCAAACACCAUGGCAGCAGUCUCAUGCCUCAAGGGGACCGCCAAGACCCCUUCGCCGAUCCCUUCAGGGCAUGGAUCCAAAAUCUACCGCCAACCUCUUCACCAGCGCCGUGUGCAUCGGAGAGAAAACAAUCAACAACCACGAUUGCUUCGUUCUCCGCCUCGACGCCGAAGCCUCCACCCUCCGAUCUCGCAGCAGCAGCAGCGUGGAAAUCAUCCGCCACACCCUAUGGGGUUAUUUCAGCCAACGCACCGCCCUUCUCGUUCAUCUGGAAGACUCCCAUCUCCUCCGCAUCAAAACCCCCAAUCAAGAAAGCGUCUACUGGGAAACGACGAUGGAAUCCUCCAUCAACGAUUACCGGCCGGUCGACGGCGUCCAGAUCGCGCACGCCGGUCGGACGAGCGUUUCUCUGUUUCGAUUUGGUGAGACGGAGGAAGGAAACACGAGGACGAGGAUGGAGGAGACGUGGACGGUCGAGGAGGUGGACUUCAACAUUUGGGGGCUUUCGAUGGACUGCUUCCUUCCGCCUGGAGAUAUCAAGGAAGAAAAAGAAGGCAUCGAUGAGGCGCAUGCGAGAAUGACCGGCGGUCGGACGGCGCCGGCUGGCGGCAAUUUAAGGAUCGGGGCUUCGCAGAUUGCUGCGGUGAACAUAGAUGAGACAAUGGAGUAAAUAUUUGGUAAUAGUAAAUUUGGCACUUGAAGAAGAAGAAGAUUAUAGAGAAAGCGAGGAUGAAUACAACAUCAGCUUUUUCUCUCUUCAUUAAAAAAAUACCUUUACUGAUAUUAUGAACCAUAUAAUUAAGGUAUGCUUAUUGAGAUGGGUUUUAGUAAAAGUUGCAUUUGUAAAAAAUUUUGUAUUGAUGCGGACAUAAAAUAUUGUAUUUAUUUAUAUAUGGUUGGUUGGAAACUCAGAGUG